AUGGAAGAAAAUAAGGGCCAUGGUCUUGCAGAGGGCAGGAUUUUAUUUAUCUGGACGAUUUUGUUUGUGGCAUUGGUUUUGUUGCCUUCAGUGUUUCGAGUGUCAUUGGGGAUUUCACAUUUCUAUGUGAAAAUUCUAAUAGCAAUGUUAGAGUGGGCCACCCUGCAGAUUGAGGAGGGAGUGAAAAAGCAGAAGGCCAUGGCACCUGAAAAUUUAAUCUCCACUGGGAUCAUCCAGAGAGAAGAAAUCUCCAUGGAAGAGGAGCUUGCUGGCCAGCGCAGAGGAUGCUUCAACCUUGCUGAUGUUAUGUACUUCUUCAAGAAGGGGUGUGAGGCAGUUGCAGAAGAUGAAGUCACCCAGCGGUUCUCCUCUGAGGAGCUGGUGUCCUGGAAUCUCCUCAGCAGAACCAAUGCUAACUUGCACCAUGUCAGCUGGCAACUGACUGUUGUGUGGGUCAUUGGCAUCCUAAUUCGGUACUGUCUCCUGAUGCCUUUUCGCAUCUGCUUGGCUGUUUUCACCAUCCUCUUGCUGCUAUCGGCCACUACGGUAGUAGGACAGUUUCCUAAUGGGAGAGUUAAACGCUGGCUGGCCAACCAGGUUCAGAUGAUAUGUGCCACAUUAGGUAUCCGAUGUCUGGGUGGCCUUGUUCAUUUCCACAACAGAGAAAACCAACCGCGGGAAGGUGGCAUCUGUGUAGCCAACCACACAUCUCCAUUAGAUGUUCUAAUCCUGGCCAGUGAUGGAUGCUAUUCCUUGGUUGGCCAGGCACAUGGAGGGCUUAUGGGACUUAUUCAAAAAUCUUGCAUGCAAACCACUCAGCACGUUUUGUUUGAACGCUCAGAAAUGAAAGACCGUCAUCUGGUGAGGAAAAAAAUUAGAGAACACAUUGCAGAUAAGGCCAAAUUACCCAUUUUAAUUUUCCCAGAAGGUACCUGCAUAAACAACACAUCCGUAAUGAUGUUUAAGAAGGGAAGCUUUGAGGUAGGAGGGACCAUCCAUCCAGUAGCAAUCAAGUAUGACCCCCGCUUUGGAGAUGCAUUCUGGAACAGUACAAAGCAUUCCAUUAUGACCUAUAUUUUUAAUAUGUUCACCAGCUGGGCUAUUGUCUGUAAUGUGUGGUACCUUCCACCAAUGGUCAAAGAGGAAGAAGAAGACGCUGUUCACUUUGCCAACAGAGUCAAGGCUGUCAUUGCUGCCCGGGCAGGAAUGUCUGUUCUUCCUUGGGAUGGGGGACUGAAAAGGAAAAAGGUCAAAGAGUCUUUCAAGGAAGAGCAACAGAAAAAAUAUUGCCAGUUAGUAAUAGAAAAUGGAUCUGUGGGAAAUAGAAAUGUUUGUUAAAUGGUAUUUAUUUUAACUAAUUUUUUAAAUUACUUAAUCCCUACCAGAAAAUGGGCUUUUUUUACAUUAAACCUGACAUGUUCUCUUUCUGUCCCUGUAAGAUAUUUUGCAUAUGACACAGCAGGGAAACCAUUAAGAGCUAAUAUUUUGUAUUAAACAAAGAUA